UAAAUAUAUUUUCGGCGUAUUAUUAGAAUUAUUUUUGUGCUCUUGAUGCUUUUCGAUAAAUAAUAUGAUCGUAGCAUGACUUCAGCAGUGCAUUGUUAUGAUGAACGAAGAAUGGCGGACGUUGUCAUAUUACGAUAUUUGUUCACAUUUUUAUUGAUAAAUGCUUGUUGUGCAGGUUUACCUGGCCUGGAGGAGGAUGGCGUGUCGGGCAGCACACAGGGCCCGGACGCCCAGAGGAUUGAUGAUCCCAUGACUAUUGAGAAGAUGAUGGUACAUCAGCCAAGAUACAAGUGCCACCAGUGCGAGCCCCCCGAGUGCGAGGCGGCGGGCGGCGAGGUGUGCCUGGACGCGCUGUACUGCUACAAGUCGUCGGUGCGCGACUCCGACGGGGAGCUGCGACACUCGCGCGGCUGCUCCACGCGCCGCGACCACUACCAGUUCACCUGCAGGAUCAAUGUGCCGCCCAGUGUCCGCAAGCGCCACGCGGGCCUGCACAACAUCUCGUGCUGCCAGGGCGACCUGUGCAACGCGGGCAGCUUCCCGUCGCUGCCGCCGCUGGCCGACACGGCCAUCGAGCCGCUGCCCACCAACGCGUGGAAGCUGUGGGCCAGCGUGGCCGCCUCCGUACUCAUCGUCAGCGUUAUAGGCGCCAUGGCCAUCUUCGUGCUCAGGAGGAGUCACAGGUUACGCGUGUCCCGGGCAGCCCUGCACAAGCUGGGCGCAGACUCCAACUACUUCUCAUCCAACAUGUACAGUCCACAUGUCACUAGCGCUUAUUAUGAAGGCGUGGAGGGCUCGCAGACGGGCGGCGGCGUGCGCGCCACGGCGGCGGGCGACUCCACGCUGCGCGAGUACCUGGAGAGCUCGCUCACGUCGGGCUCGGGCUCCGGCCUGCCGCUCAUGGUGCAGCGGACGCUGGCCAAGCAGGUCACGCUCGUCGAGUGCGUCGGGAAGGGUCGUUACGGCGAGGUCUGGCGCGGCUCGUGGUACGCGGACAGCGUGGCGGUGAAGAUCUUCUUCUCCCGCGACGAGGCGUCCUGGCGCCGCGAGACCGAGAUCUACUCCACCGUACUGCUGCGCCAUGAGAACAUACUGGCCUACAUCGGGAGCGACAUGACCAGCAGGGGCAGCUGUACACAGCUGUGGCUGAUCACCCACUUCCACCCGCUGGGCUCGCUGUUCGAGCACUUGUCCCGCGCGAGCCUGACGCGCCAGCAGAUGAUGGUGGCGUGUCUGUCCAUCGUCAACGGCCUGCUGCAUCUGCACACCGAGAUACAUGGCACACAGGGUAAGCCGGCCAUAGCGCACCGCGACAUAAAGACCAAGAACAUCCUGAUGAAGGUGAACGGCGAGUGUUGCAUCGCGGACCUGGGCCUGGCCGUGACCCGCGCGCACGUGGCCGCCGGCCUGCUGCACAACCCGCGCCAGGGGACCAAGCGGUACAUGAGCCCAGAGAUGCUGGACCAGACCAUGAACACGUCGUGCCUGGAGUCGUUCCUCCGCUGCGACGUGUACGCGCUGGGGCUGGUGCUGUGGGAGCUGGCGUCGCGCGUGGCGCCGCGCGGGGAGGCGCGCGCCCCCUUCGCGGAGCUGGCGCCCGCAGACCCCAGCUUCGAGGACAUGCGCAAGAUCGUCUGCGUGGACGCCGCGCGGCCCUGCCCGCCCGCACACACGCACCCCACCAUGGUAGGCAUGGCGAACCUAAUGCGUGAAUGCUGGCACCAGAACCCCUCCGUCCGGUUACCAGCUCUCCGCAUCAAGAAGACACUCCUCAAGCUCGCGGCCAACGACAACAGCAUACGGUUGAGUGAUGACAACGAGGUCUCCGUAUAGAGGUACACGCUUAACUAAACUAUAAUAGUUAAUGUGAUGACAAGACUUGACAGGUACUGUGACAAGGGUUCAAGUAGGAAAUAGUGUAUUUAGCGGUAACAUACACCUUUAUAAUACUUUAGGGUUUCGGUCUUUCAAAUAACAUUUAUUGUGAAAUGAAUAUACAGCAAAAUUAUUGGUUUUCUUAUGUAAAAAAUACCAAAGUGGUUGGUAUGAAAUUAAUAUGAAUGAUUAUUGAAUGAAUCCCUAAAGUAUUAUUAAGCGUUUUUGUAACACUUUGUUUUACAGCUAAAAUAAUAUUAAGCCCUGUUGCAAACUUAUGAGUACAUUUAACUUGUGUAUACCUGUAUGGCAUUGUAACUGCCAAACAGAUAAACAAAUUUCGAUUAUUUUUGACAGUGUAAUGAGCGUGCCUUGAGAUGUGAAAACUCAACUUCCGUCAGUAUAUUUGUGCCUUUAUAAAUACUCUAAACGUCUUCAAUAUACGACAAUACACGAAAAGACAGUCUUAGAUUUUUGGUUAAUACGUAAAUAUACUCGAACGUAAAGAUGACUGGGUAUUAAAGGAAAUGACUUGGUCUGUUAUUUCAGAGGGAAAAAUACGUGUUAGUCUAUCCAGUAGAGUACAAUAAUUGUUUUAAGUUGUCAUCUUCCCUUAAAAAAAUCAUAAAUGUAAAAAUAUAUCUACAAAAGUAAAUUGGUUGUUUAUCGCCUAACAUAAUUCUAGCCAAAACAAUCUAGACUACUUUUUAAUUUUCGCUUCAUAAAUACUAUAGAAGCUAGAAAGUUCCAGAAGGAAAGGAGGUAACGUGUGGAAACACGAAAGCUUUAUUAUAAAGUUAAAUAUAAUAUUGUUGCUUAUUAUUUAUAGCGUAGAUAUUUUUACUGAUGGACAUAAAACUAAUCUAUAUUAUAUAGUUUGGUAGGACUAGGCUGCUUUUGUACUGUGGUUUAGCACUGUGCCUUUAACCAUCUGUAAAAAGAGGGGUUCAAUUUCGUUGUUUGUUUUUAAUGUUGACAGUCUCUUAGCUGCAUCGUAUAAACCGAUAGAGAGUAUUUAUCAUCACUUAAUGACACUUAAAGUAAUCAAUACAUGAAACUCUGGUUGUUGUGAGUUUUGAUGGGUAAUUAAAUUAAUAGAAAAUCAUGGCUAUCUUUGUGUAACAAAACAUAGAGUCUUCUAUCUAACACAACCGGAAUUAGGCAAAGCACCUACAUUCGGUUGUUUUAGAUUGAUAAAAUAGGAAUAGAGAAUGCAAAUAAGUAGAUUCUCUGAUGUAUUGAAAUAUACCAUCUGCUAUGAUCGCUCAAAUCUAUUCAUACAUCUUUGACCGUCGUUACAGGUAAGCUUAAGUCUGACAACCAGUCUAACUAAGGGGUAUCGUGUUGCCCAGGUAACUGGGUUGAGGAGGUCAUAUAGGCAGUCACUCCUUGUAAAACACUGGUAAUUACCUGAAUCCGUUUAGACUGGAGGCCGACCCCAACAUAGUUGGGAAAAGUCUAGGCCGAUGAUCCCGAUGAUGAUGAUGGCUCAAAUCUGUUUAAUUAACCUGCCGUAACUGAAAUUCGGCAGGCUAAAUAUUACAACAAUGUCAUUUCCUCUUACAAAACAGAUGACCACAGUACAAUCCUAGUCUAAUUAGUUACUUAAACAAGAAGUGCCGAAUAGUAUUUGUAAUUAGAUGAUAAGAUGUAAAAUAUAUAUUAUAUUGUAAAUAUUGAUGCGUAAGGUAGCGCAGCUGUGGAUUCUGACGACUCACUGAAUCUCGUAAUAAUCUUACUAUUAUUUUAAAAUAAAAAUAUAUUUGUUUGCAAAAUUUGGAUGGUAAUAGUGCUGCAAUUAGUCAAUUUGUUACUUUUUUAUUCAAUAACACAUUUGUGUAAAGAAUUCUCCGUAAGAAAAAAUGUGUACAGUUUUCAUCGUGAUCCUUUGGUUAUAAAAAUCUGUUUCCAUCCUUUCACAGCUUGAGCUAUAAGUUUUCUUGAAACUAUUCCAGCAUAUUACGUCACCAGAAUCCACAGUUUCAACAUAACUUAGAACCUCUUGAAAAAUAUGAAUUAGUUCUUUCUCUUACUUAUUACUUUGUCAAGUAUGAGAGAGAAAGCAGUUUUAGCGGCUAUCAGUUUCCUAUCACAGUAAGAUUUGCAGUUGUAGAAGACAGGCUUCUAUACGUCGUAUAGUACACUGUCUGACUUCCAAAAUUGUAAUCGUCUUGUACUUUGAAAGGUAGCCUUUAAAAUACUUUUAAAAAGUAAGUAUGUUUUAUUAAUUUUGACAUCCAAACUUUUUGGUGAUUGAUCGCUUACAGGCUGUAUGAACAAUUCAGUUGCCAUAUUGUUUUUUUUUUACUGAAUUUAUAGCAUUUGUUGUGUUUAAGUUCAAAUGUUUCGCAGUAAUGACAAUUUAUGUAUUAAUGUUAUUAUCUGGUAUAGUUUAGAGACGAAAUUUUAUUGUCUUGCUAAUGUUGUUCAAGAUAUAUUGUAAGAUAAUCUUAUGCUCUUCAAAGUGUGACAUUUAUGAAAGCGUUUAAAUUGCUGCGCGAAUUUGAUCAAAUGUAUGGAAUUGGCAAGUUUUAGCAUUGUGUUUUAUUAAAAGAAGUCUAAUUCCUAUAUACUUGAGAAUUUUCCUGCCUGAUCUAAUAUUAUGAAAAACAGAUUUUAUGUCCUACUGAGUGCCAUUUAUUUUUAAAUACUUUGAAACUUAGUCCUAUUAUUAAUUCGAUAAAUUAUUGUAUAAAAUUGAGUCAUGUUAAUUGUAGUUUUUGUCUAGAGAUUGAUAUUCUCCUCGAAGUCUCAUCUAUAAUUUCCUUAUUAGAUAAUAAUAAGAAUUAAAUAAUAAAAUAAUAAUUAAGAUAUUAAUCUUGGACAACAUUACUGAGCACGAAAGCUUUAUCAAAAUUAAAAAUUCUAAGAAUCUCUGUUUGUAUAAUGAAAAACAAAUUAAUAAACUUUCACUCGUUGAUGUUUCACUUAAUGUAAUUAAUAAAACUUAGUUCGUAAGUUGUAUGUUAAGUUACAGACACGCAUUUAUUUUGGUUCCUCUUGAAAAUACUCGAAAAGACAAUAAUGAUUAUAUUCUAGAGCUAUCAGUGACCAGUUUCUCAUAAUUAUGUCUUAUAAAAAAAUGGAUUUUUGCAACAUUCAUUGCUGUACCAGUUGUUCAAAUGUACGUAAACAACAAAUCUUGAGUUACAAGCCUUAUCAAAAGUAUUGUGAAGGCCAUAUUUCGUCGAAAUCCACUCCGUUAAGAUUGUUGACACUUUAAUUGAUUUGACGAUUGAUUUUCCACUAGACAACUUAUUAACAUGUCUCCAUGUUAAAAAAAAAACACUUACUAAUUCGGUCAUCAGCAUCGAUAGCUCUAAUACAGAAUUUUGAUUUAAAUUCCGUUAUAAAAUGUAGUGCAGUACCGAAGAGAGUGGGGUGAAGAAAGUAUCACAUUUAUGUAGACUUGUUUUGUGGAGAUUUCAUUAAAUAUAGUAUGUCCAUUGAAUACGAGGGAGAAAAAGAAGUCUACUGGGUGUUAUGUGCAGGUAGGUCAAUGGCUCCGUAAGAAAUCACAUUUUCAAUAAUAUAGUUCUGUGCUUUGGUACUGCACGUUACAUAAUUUUUACACACGGACAUAGGAUCCUAAGCCAGUGAUUCUGUAAAACUAUUGUGUUCACAUUGUAAAUAUCUAGGUAAGAGUAAGUAAGUCUUAUGAUAGACGCGACGCGUCCGUUACGAAGAGAAAUAAAUAUUUGUCUAUUA